CAAACGUAAACGUAAACAAAGUCGUGUUCGGGCGAUCGUGCGUUGCUACAUGUUCUGUGAUAUUCUGUGAUUUUUUGUACAACAUCCUGCUAAAAAUGGCAUCGUUCAAGCCAGAAAAGCAGCUACAUCCACCGGAGAAAGGGUCAGACUUUGCAUUUCCCUUUCUGCCGUACGAUAUUCAGUUAGAUUUUAUGAAGACACUCUACACGGUGAUACACAGCGGAGGUAUCGGUAUCUUCGAAAGCCCUACUGGAACCGGAAAAUCGUUAAGUUUAACCUGUGGCACCCUAACCUGGCUGAAAGAUUAUGUUCGACUGAUGGAAGCGGAGCUGCAGGAAAAGAUUGUGCGAUUGCGAGCUGAAAUAGCCCGUCUGGAGAAGGAGAACGAGAGCUCCAGCGAUUGGAUCUCGGGACAGUACAGCGCAAUGGGCCAACGAAAGGAGUUGGAUGUGCUGAAUCAUUUCAAGCAAUCGAUUGAAGAGUAUCAGAAGCAUCUGCUGCGGAUGAAGGAUCGUGCGGUGUUGCACAAGAUUCGGUUGGAGAAGAUUCGUACCAAGGAUGACACGUUGAGGGAAGAACCGCUCCAGCAGGAUGUCACAAUCGAUGAGGACGAGUUUUUGCUCCCGGAAGAAAGUGACGGCAGCGAUGAAGAAACCGAAGCCGAUUGUGAGAAGGACGAGGAGCAAUACCGUCCAGUGCAGGUGAUAUUUUGCAGUCGUACACAUUCGCAGCUCUCGCAAGUUGUUAGCGAAGUGAAGGAAACGGAACAUUCCAAGGAUCUUCGACUGAUGUCGCUCGCCUCACGCCAAAGUCUUUGCAUUAAUGCGGAUGUACGCAAGCUAAAGUCGAGUACGCUGAUCAACGAGCGGUGUCUGGAGUUGCUGAACAAAGGGGGAAAGAAUAAAGCAAGUGCCGGCGACGAAGGCGACGAUGGGCGAAGUGUCAAGAAACGAAGAAAGCUUACCCAAUCGUGCCCCUACUACAAUCAGCGUGCAAUAGAAGGAUUGAAAAAUGGCAUCCUAUUCGAAGUGCCCGACAUCGAGGACUUGGUAAAGGCGGGAAAGCGCGAACAAGCGUGUCCUUAUUACGCCUCCCGCGCCGCUAUUCCCGAUGCACAGGUGCUGAUGGUUCCCUACCAGCUGAUCUUGCACCGGCGCACACGCCAACAGUCCGGCAUUCGUCUGCAGGAUGCGAUCUUGAUCAUCGACGAGGCACACAACCUGCUGGACACGAUUUCAGCCAUACACAGUCAGGAAGUGCGGCUGGAGCAGCUGCGUCUGGCAAAGGUGCACCUUUCCGCCUACAAAGCUCGGUACUUCUCGCGCUUCUCCACGAAAAACCUGCUUCGCAUCAAUCAGCUCAUCUUCAUUGCCACGCGGCUGGGUAAAGUGUUGUCCCCAGAGGGGAGCAGCACCAAUCGAUCUCGUAUGCUCGAAACACAGGAGCUGUUACUCGAGGCGGAUGUAUUUAAUUUGAACUUAUCGGACAUACUUUCGUUCUGUGAGCGAUCGCGCAUUGCGCAGAAGGUGCACGGGUUCGCCCAGAGCGCAGCGCCGGAACUGCUGGAACAGAAUGCGCCAUCCAUUCGGUCGAAGGUCGGCACGACAUCGAAAGGAUCAACUAGUGAGCUGAAAUCACUUCUGAAAAAUCUUGAAGAAGACUACAAAAGUAAAUCACAAAAGAAGAAAGCAGGCCGACCAGCGUCCAAGCAGGCUGUGGAGUCUGCUCCUGUUAGCAACCAGGAAAACGAUCAACAGUUGCAAAGCAAACCUUCUGUCACAAAUGCGAUUCGGCCGUUGAUAAACUUUCUCGAGUGUCUGGUGGAGGAUGCCGGUGGUGGAAGUGGUGAUAGUCGGGUGAUGAUUUCGUUCGAUGAGAAGGAUCUGUCGCAGGCGAGCAUGAAGUAUCUGCUGUUGAAUCCGGGUGGAAAGUUUGAGGACAUCGUUCAAAGCUGUCGUUCGGUUGUGCUGGCCGGUGGUACGAUGCAACCGACCGAAGAGCUGACGGAACAGGUAUUUCGCAACUGCCGGGAGCGAGUAACGAUUAAAAGCUAUCCACACGUGGUGCCGAAGGAUGCCGUCCUUCCGAUCGCACUUGGUCGAGGGCCGACCGGGAAAGAGUUUCUGUUCAACUACAACAACAAGCACAAUGUGGAAAUGCUCGAUGAACUUCAGUCAACGUUGCUAAACAUCAGCCAGGUUGUGCCGCACGGUGUGGUGGUGUUUUUCAGCUCGUACGACUUUCUCGACCUGUUCACCCGAAAGCUGGAGGAGUCGGGCAAUCGGGCACGGCUGGAAGAGCGCAAGAAAGUGUUCCGUGAGCCAAAAACGUCCGGUCAGGUGGAGAAAACUCUGUCCGAGUACGGCCGGGCAGCACGUUCGGCAACCGGGGCCAUACUGUUCAGUGUGGUCGGGGGUAAGCUUAGCGAAGGGUUGAACUUUUCCGACCAGCUCGGGCGCUGUGUGGUGGUGGUGGGAUUGCCCUAUCCGAAUCGUACCAGCCCGGAGCUGUGCGAAAGGAUGCGCUACCUGGAUCGUAGUUUGGCCGGUGCCACGUCCGGUGCGUCCUCCGCCGGAAACGAGUACUAUGAGAAUCUUUGCAUGAAAGCCGUCAAUCAGUGCAUUGGCCGUGCUGUGCGCCAUAUACGGGACUAUGCUGCGGUGAUACUGCUCGACACUCGGUACUGUACCGGCGAGCGCAUUCGUCGAAAGCUGCCCGUGUGGAUUUCGGAGCGAAUGGAGUGCGCCGAACGGUACGGGCAGGCGCACGGGAAGUUGGUGAAAUUUUUCCGCGACCAUAAAGCUAAACACGUGGAAGAAACUCAUUGAAAGCGAUGCGUAUUUUCGGAUGAAACGUGCGCAGUAAGUACAAUCAAAGCCCCCUCCUUCUGUGGGAGGGAUAGUUGCUGUUAUAUUGGGCUAUUUUAGUCCGAUGUUGUUUAUGUGUAUAUAUUUUUUCUCCUUCAUGGUUUCGAUUUCGUGACACAGCUUGGUUUUUUUAAAUGUGGUUGCGCUUUGAAACACUUUUACCAUUUUACGAUACGAGAUAAUAACGCGUCUGCUUGUUUCGUUUUUGUUGUUUCUGUUCUCUUAACACACACUACAUCGCGUUUGAUACUGAUUCAUCACACGAGCAUUAUCGAACAUUGUGAGGCUUGGUAUUGCUGCACAUUUGCUGAUUUGUAAAUAGACUUACACACUUGCCCAACAUGUAUAUCGACCGAUUUGAAUUAUUAUUGAUUGUUUUUUGCAAUCUUUCUAACAAGGCGGAAGAAUAUCGUGACUCAUUCUCGUUUCCUUUUUAAAUCCUCUCAAGGCUUUCCUUUCCCAUUCUAAUCGUUUCUGUGCUGUUGUCAGCUAUGCUGUCAUAUACCCUUUUGCGUACUAAGUUUGCGGGUUGAUGUAAGACACAUUAGCAACAGUUAUGCGCGAACACCUCCCUGGUUUACUGUGUGUGUGCGUAUGUUUUGUGCGUACAUGGAAGCUGCGACGAAUAUGCUGAGGCUUUGAGACAAAUGGGCCACACAAAGACAUUGUGAACGUUAGUUUAGGACAGUGGACACACUAACGGUCACUGUAGAGACAACACAAUACUGUUUAGUGUGCAUUCUGUUUAUCGUUAACAUUUUUACUCCUUUUUACAUUACACGAUAGCUAUGCUGUUACUAGAAUGCUUCCUAAGGCAGCCCUUUCGUUCGCUUGUAUUGUAGCAUAUUCUUUUUUUCCCUUUAUUGCCUUACGCAUAUUUGUUUUUGCAUUAACAACAGAAGCACACAAGAUACGGGAUAGAAAGACAAUGUUAGCUUCUUUAUUCCAAGUACAGACGUUUGGUUAUAAAUAUUGUACUUCAUUUGAUGGCUCCAGGCUCCAGGCAAACACUUGCAAUGGUUCCAAGGAUCGAUCCUAGAGUGCGUGAAAGUGAUGGCUGUCUUUUAGCUUCCAAACGGAUUAUGAUCCAUUCUACUGUCUUUACUGUGUGUUGGUGUGUGUUGUGCGCGCACAAAGCGAUUAAGUUGUGUCAGGGGAGGAGAUUUUCGUAUUCGAUGUGAGUCUUUUUUCUGAUUUUAACCACUUUUUGUUCUGUUUUUCUUUUCUGCCCGUAUGCAACGGCGGUGCGUUUCGUUCGCCAACGGUGAACACACGAGGCCAACGGUAGCCAGGUACAAAGUAGAAUAAUAAAUUUCAUUCGAUAGUUUUCGCUUCCCCGUGCGCAUACGAAAUAACGUGGACAGAGGUCGACUAGCCGCGGCGCUUGGGAUCGUUGGAAGCUUCUUCCUGUUCUAUUUUUGGGUCAAAGAACGCUCUAGGGAAAAUUGGGUGUACUUUUAAGGAAAAGCUCUAUUGAUUUUACGAUCCACUGAAUGAAAUUAAGAGUAUCAAAUAUCGUAA